AUGAAGUUCAUAUACGGCGCCCUGCUCGUCCUGGGCUUAGCGAUUUUUGUUCAGGCCUCUGGGGCCCGCUCCAGGGACAAUGACAAGAACUCGGCCGCCGAAGAAACCCCCCAGCAGACAAAGCUGCGUCUUUUACGCCAGCCCGUCCAGAUUGAGGCCCGGAACCUUCAGCAGCUUUUGGCCCUGAAGCAGUCCCCCUGCCCGCCUCCCGACUCCCCAACGGGAACCACCACAGCCCCCACCACAGACACGACAACAGUUACCACCUCUCCUACGGGGCCGACAACCGCCACUGGCACCACCACCACUACCACCACCCCAACCACCCCCACAGGUACUACGACUUCGAAACGUUCAGGAAGUCGCCAUUUAAAUGACUUGGACGAGGACCUUGAGAACGAAGAGGAGGAGCAGGUGCAGGAGAAGUACUUCCACGACGAGAACGAGGAUAACGAUGUGGAGCAGAACGACGACGAUGAUGAUGAGGACAACAGCUAUGGUCUGGUGCUGGGAUCGAAGCGUUCCGAAUCCUCUGGCCUUCGUCGCGGUAGCUCCAGCUCCAGCCGCAAUCCCGACAAUCUCUCCAACAGCGAACUGAUGCGCGAAUGGGAGCUGCGCCGGCAGAAGGACAUCAACGAUCGUCUGCGCCAGCAGCUGAAGGCCACCCGCCGCCGCAAGAACGUCAACCGUCGCCGUGCCGCCAACAAGCGUCGCCAGCAACGCCGCCGCCUGCAGGCCAAGCGUCGUCGUGCCAACCGCCGCAGCACUGCCGCCCGCCGUCGCUCCAACCAGCGUCAUCGCAACCAGCGUCGCCGUCUGCGCCGCAACAGCCGCAUCAACCGUCUGCGUCAGCGUCGCCGUCUCAACCGUCGUCGCAACUAG